AUGUCUAAAAUACCUAUUAUUGUGAUAGGAACACUUGUUCUGGGAGCUCUGAAUUCCCUUUUCACGAAAUAUCAAGACAAUCAAUGUGUGAAGAACUGUGAAAACCCUGACUUAUCAACUCAUCGAUAUUUUGAACAGCCGGCUGUCCAAACUUUACAAAUGUUUUUGGGCGAGUUGGGGAUUUUUUUCGUCUAUUAUCUUUGUUACAAGUCUCCGUUUUCUAGGAGACAGACAGGAAUGUCAACUGAAACUGAGGCUCCAUCACAUUUGAAAUUUGGUCAGAGCAUAAAAUUAUCAAUUCCUGCUAUUUUAGACUUGACAGCAACAAGUUUAAUGAACAUAGGACUAUUAUAUAUUCCUGUGUCGAUUUACCAAAUGACUAGAGGUGCGGUAGUUUUAUUCGUAGCAAUAUUGUCGGUCUUAUUUCUCCAAACACACGUACGGAAACUUGAAUGGGUUGCAUUAGCAUUUGUAACUCUAGGUGUGGCAUUAGUUGGCUUCAGUGGAACAACAUCAAGUGGCCCGAGUGACGAUAAUGCUGCUCCGAAGGUAGUCUUUGGGAUAGUCCUUGUUAUUCUUGCUGUCUCUUUGCAAGCUUUACAGUUUGUUGCUGAAGAGCAUAUUUUGAAAGAUAGAUCAAUCGUUCCUUUAAAGGUAGUCUAUAACGAAGGAUUCUACGGUACAAUAAUAUUGACCUUUUUCAUGAUUGUUUUAAAUUACAUCUUUGCAGCAAUAUAUUCAGAAAAACAAUUUGAAAACUCUCCAUUCAAUUUACGGGAAUCCUUUUCACAAGUUUUCAAGUCAAAGGAAAUCAUUAUAUCAUCUAUCUUCAUCAUGAUCUCUAUUUCAACUUUCAACUUUUGUGGAGUUUCUAUAACCCAUAUGUUGUCAGCAACAGCACGAACCACAAUUGAUACAUGCAGAACAUUAGUUGUUUGGUUGGUGGCACUCAUUCUUGGCUGGGAGUCGUUUUCUUUCCUUCAAUGUUUUGGAUUCGCUCUCCUAGUCUUUGGAACUUUAUGCUUCAAUGGGGCUCUAACUCCAGAAGAUUGGGAAUUUGUGCCUAUAUUUCUAAAAGAAAGAGAUUUUAUGUCAAUAUCAACUCAUCCAGGUAGUUUAGACACUGAAGAAUUGUCUCCAUGA